GACAUUCAUUGCCAUUCAUUUGCAAUCGAUUUUCAUUUUGGUGUUCAUUUUUGCCUUGUCCAUCGGAUCCAAAAUUUGCGUUCAAAAUGCUGUCGCGAUUGGUCUUCGGCUCAAGGAGUGUAUGGAAGGCAGCCAAUGGUCUGAAGCCGAUGGCGAUGCGACCCAUGUCUUCGUACCCCCGCGUCGAGGAUAACCUCAAUCCUCCACUUCUGCCGCAACUGACGGACGUGGUUGAAGGCGAACGCUUUGACCCGAAGAAGCAAUCGCUCGAAGAGUUUCUUAACGUGCGAUUUGGUCCCGAAAUGGCGACCAUUAACGACGAUAAGAAGCCGGAGCGCGAUGUGAAGAACUUUCCGCGCGUACCGGUGCCCAUAUGGCCCGACAGGACACGACUCUAUAUGUUACCCGAGUCCUGGUUUGACUACUUCUACCAGAAGACAGGAGUGACGGGUCCUUACGUUUUCUUUGGAGCCUUCGGAACGUUUCUCCUGUCCAAAGAGUUCUUCAUCAUUGAACACGAGUUCUUCACCGGUCUGUCCCUCGCCAUACUCACCACAGCAGUCGCUGUCAAGUUUGGACCCGCUAUUCGUCAAUAUAUCGGCACCAAUCAAGACGUACAGCNACCGGUGCCCAUAUGGCCCGACAGGACACGACUCUAUAUGUUACCCGAGUCCUGGUUUGACUACUUCUACCAGAAGACAGGAGUGACGGGUCCUUACGUUUUCUUUGGAGCCUUCGGAACGUUUCUCCUGUCCAAAGAGUUCUUCAUCAUUGAACACGAGUUCUUCACCGGUCUGUCCCUCGCCAUACUCACCACAGCAGUCGCUGUCAAGUUUGGACCCGCUAUUCGUCAAUAUAUCGGCACCAAUCAAGACGCGGCGGCAGGCGUUUGGGAUGAGUGGCAGAAAGGGAUGGUGUCGUUCCUCAACGAACUCAUAUCGGCGGAGAGUGUAUCGCAAGAUCACGCGCGACAACAGAAGAUCUUAUUUGACGCGAAACGCGAGAACGUGAGGCUCCAGUUGGAGGCCGAGUUCAGGCGCAGACAAAUGGCCGCAUACACGGAGGUCCGCAACCGACUCGAGUACAUGUUAGCCAAACAGGUGGCUGAGCGCCAGUACCAACAGCAGCAUAUGGUCAACUGGAUCAUCGAUGGCGUCCAGAAAGGUAUUACCGCUCAGCAGGAGAAGGAAUUCCUACAGAAGUGUUUGGUUGACUUGAAA